AUGGGUUUGACCAAGCAGUACCUGCGCUACGCCGCCACGGCGGUGUUCGGCGUGAUCGGCAGCCAGAAGGCCAACAUCUCCUACGUCUCGCUCCGGGGGGGCGAGAGGGGCCGCCACGUGGCGGUGGCCGCGUGCGAGCACGUCUUCAUCUGGGACGUCCGGAAGGGAGAGAAGGUUUUGAUCCUGCAGGGCCAGAAGCACGAGGUGAGCUUCCUCUGCCCGUCCCCCGACGGAGUCCACGUGGCCGUUGGUUAUGAGGACGGCGCCGUGAAGAUUUUCAACCUGCUGACCGGCGAGAGCAACGUCUCCUUCAACGGCCACAAGUCUGCGGUCAGCGUCAUGAGCUACGACGCUCUGGGGGCGCGGCUCGUCACCGGAUCCAAGGACACAGAUGUGAUUGUAUGGGACAUCAUUAACGAGUGUGGGCUCUACAGGCUGAAAGGCCACAAAGAUGUCAUCACACAGGCCCUGUUCCUUAAAGACAAGAACCUCCUGGUCACAAGCUCCAAGGACACUUUUGUGAAGUGGUGGGAUCUGGACACGCAGCACUGCUUCCAGACCAUGGUGGGCCAUCGCAGUGAGGUUUGGGGGAUGGUGCUGCUGAACGGGCAGAGCCGGCUGCUGACCGGUUCGGCCGACAGCGAGCUCCGGGCCUGGGACAUCCGCUACCUGGAGGAGGAGAAAGCCAAAGGCGAGCCCAAAGUAAAGAAGGGGAAAACUCUGCUGGAGGAGGAUGGAGACAGUGCGGAGGGGGAGGAUGAAAGUGUGGAAGAGCGCAUCCUGAGCUGUAAGAAGGCCGGCUCCCUCCUGAGAGAAGCCCGGGACCGAGUGGUGUCAAUGGCCGCCGACGCCAGGGCCCGAGUGCUCGCCUGCCAUGGCAACGACUCGGUGCUGGAGCUCUUCACGGUGCUGUCCGAGGAGGAGGUGCAGAAGAAGAUGGCCAAGAAGCUGAAAAAAGCCAAGAAGAGGGCGGCCAAAACCCAGGGGGAGACGGGGGAGGAGGCGGGGGAGGCGCCGGCGGUGGAGAGGACGCUGAAGGACGAGAUCCUCCGGCUGGUCAACGUCAAGGCCUCCGCCAAAAUCAGGUGGGCGGACUGCCUGGCGUGCGGCGGCGGCGAGCUGAAGCUGGCGCUGCUGCUGCAGAACAACACGGUGGAGACCUACAGCCUGAGGCCCGCGGACAAGACCCCCGCGCCCAGCAAGACGGCCCGCCUCACGCUGGGGGGCCACCGCACCGACGCCCGCACGCUGGCCUUCAGCUCCGACAGCCUGGCCGUGCUCUCCGCCUCCGGGGACACCGUCAAAGUCUGGAACAGGUCCACCCUGCAGGUCGUCCGCACCAUGGCCUGCGAGUACGCCCUCUGCUCGCUCUUCGUGCCCGGAGACCGGCAGAUAAUCCUCGGGACGAAGAGCGGGAAGCUCCAGAUCUUCGAGCUGGCUUCGGGAAGCCUCCUGGAGACGGUGGAGGCCCACGACGGAGCCCUGUGGGGGAUCGUCACAGGGGGCGCAGAUAAGACCGUGAAGUUCUGGGACUUCGAGCUGGUCAAGGACCAGGACACCAGCCAGAAGAGGCUGGCGGUGAAGCACACGCGCACGCUGCAGCUGGAGGAGGACGUCCUGUGUGUGAAGCUCUCCCCCGACCACAGGCUGCUGGCCGCCUCCCUGCUGGACUCCACCGUCAAGGUCUUCUACACAGACAGCCUGAAGUUCUUCCUGUCCCUGUAUGGACACAAGCUGCCCGUCCUCUGCCUGGACAUCUCCCACGACAGCACGCUAAUAGCCACCGGAUCUGCCGACCGGAACGUGAAGAUCUGGGGUUUGGACUUCGGCGACUGCCACAGAUCUCUGUUUGCGCAUGACGACAGCGUCAUGUUCCUCCAGUUUGUCCCCAAAACCCACCUGUUCUUCACGGCCGGGAAGGACAAGAAGAUCAAGCAGUGGGACGCCGACAAGUUCGAGCACAUCCAGACCCUGGAGGGCCACCACCGGGAGGUCUGGUGUCUGGCCAUCAGCCCCAACGGGGACCACCUGGUCUCCUCGUCCCACGACAAGUCUCUGCGCCUGUGGGAGCGGACCCGGGAGCCCAUCAUCCUGGAGGAGGAGCGGGAGAUGGAGAGAGAGGCGGAGUUCGAGGAGAGCAUGGCCAAAGGAGACACGCCGGUGGUACCCGGAGAGACCGAGGGAGAGGCCGCUCCGGCCGGAAAGAAGACCAUAGAAACCGUCAAAGCCGCCGAGCGAAUAAUGGAGGCUCUGGAGCUCUACCGAGGGGAACUCCGGAAGAUGGAAGAGCACAAAUACGCCUGCGAGAGGGCCGGCAAAGAGCUUCCUGCUCCCAAACCGAACCCCGUCCUCGUGGCCUUUGGGAGCGUCUCGCCGUCCCGCCACGUCUUAGACGUCAUAAAGAAAGUCCGAUCCAGUGAGCUGGAGGUGUCCCUGCUGGUGCUGCCCUUCCCCUACGUCCCCGAGCUGCUGAAGCUCUUUAACGGCUACAUCCAGGAGGGCCUGGACGUGGAGCUGGUCUGCCGCUGCCUGUUUUUCCUCCUCAGGAUCCACUUUGGUCAGAUCACCAGCAACCAGAUGCUGCUGUCCUUCCUCCAGCGGGAGAUCGAGAGCAAAGAGGACGUGAUGUUCUUCGCUGAAGCCACGGGCCGGCUGGAGGAGAAGAGGAAGAAGAGGAGGAGGAGGGAGAGGGCCCUCCUGACCAUUGCUUAA